AUGGAAUUCUAUCAACAGUUCUUCGACGUUGAGACCGAUCAGGUAUAUUUUUUCGAUGCAGUUCAUCCAUUAUCUGAAAAGAGUGCUGUUGCUCCAGUAGUUAGAGCAACUAAUGAUAAUGGCACCGGUGCCGCGAACAGUAAUAGCCAGGUGCUGGUGACUGAAAAGAUAGAGCAGAUUCUUGCGACCACAUUACCGAGCAUCGCUAAAGAGACGGGAAAUCACACAGAGAAGGAGGACGUGAUCAAAUCGAAUAAGUUGAAGCCAGAGGUGAAUGAGCACAAAGAGCAAUCCCAUACAAGCGAACUGAACACCACCGCUCUUACCUGCGGUGCACGGGAAUUCGACAGGCUAAUCAACUUUACAUUUCGCAAUUAA